CAUGCAGCUGAAUUUUCUCACGCAGACGCAUCUCGGUGGGAAUCUUCAACUGAAGAACUUGUCCGACGCGUAAAAGAACAAGGAGCGCAGACCAUGAGCAGUUCCCUGGAGAAGGUAGUGGCCCAGAAGAAGGAGGCCAUCGAGGCGGCCAUGGACAUGUUGGAGCGCGGCGCUGAGGUCGUGGCCAGCGCCGUAGGCGAACUCUUCCCGCUGUGCGAGGCUGCCGCUCCGGUCCUCCGUCUGGCCCUGGACAACGUCCAGAGCAAGGAGGUGUUCUACGUCAAGGAGCAGUUCCUGACGGUCCGGAACAGUCUGGACCUUCUCUCGGGCCAGCUGGAGGACAUCGACUGCGAGAUCAAGAAGAGCCGGCUGGACUCGCAGUACUUUGGCGCGGAGGAGAACCUCCGGAACCAGUUCAGGAAGUACAUGGACAUCAUUGAGGCCAAGCCGCAGUUCGGCGAGGUGAAGACAAAGCUAUUCCUGGAGCAUUUCUCCAGGAGCGGCGGCGAGAAGAAUUUGUUUGUGCUCUACCACGCGCUCAUGGGGAGCAGCGGCUUCGGAGACUCCAUUCUAGACCUGGUGGAAAGGUACGUCUCCAGGAACCGCCGCCUCCUGGAGGACUUUUGCGUGCGCAUGAAGGAGCUUCUCUGCUUGGGCCUCAUCGCUCUGCUGGGCCACUCAGCCUUGACCCAAAACCACCAGGAAGAACAGGACAAAAUCCAAGAGUGGAGCCGCAAGAUGGACGAGAUCGAGCUCCGGAUGAAGACCACCGUUCGGUCCUGCGUUGACGCCUUUCCGGAGCAGGCCAAACUGGAUGCCCAGCACCUCCUCCAAGAGAAGCAAAGUCACAACCUCCAGGAGACCACCCAGCAAGUCCUGGACUUCCUGGUCAAGAAGUACGAUUGGGUGAGCUGGUCGGUGCGCCUUAUCAACCACUCGGGGAGCACCUACCGUAACUGGAGGGCUGGGGAGCGCUUCCACCACGUGGCGGGGCGCAACUGGUUCGAGGUUCUGCAGGUCAAUAACAUCAACCUGGUGGUGUCCUUCAGUACCAAGCCCCAGACGGUGCCCAGGGACGUCGUCCUGGGAGUUAUGGAGGGGGCCGCACGCAAGGGCAACGCACCCGCAGUGGUGGAUGUCCUGGAGAAGCAGAUGAGCGGGUUUGUGGUUCACGCCGUCAGCCGCCACAAGGAGUCGGCGGCCGCCUGGAGUUUCCCAGAAGAUCGUCACUACUGGGAGAGGCACAAGAACGUUGCCGUGUGCGUACACUCCGACUGAAAACAUUGCAGAGCGGGGUGCGAAACAAUCACUGCCCAGUAUAGUUCCGUCGUAUUUCACUUCUCACCUCUGCUCCAGACAUGGAUUUAUUCAGCUUUACCGGUCAAGUGUCAUGCAACCAGAUGACGUAGCGCUUCAAAUACGGACAAUUUAUCAGAUUGUGGGCGGAAAAAGCAACUUUUAGUGGCUAGAUUUUGUUUUUGUCUGUGAUGUUAGCUUUGGUUAAAUUGGGAAAACACGUGAGUUGAAAUAAGGGUUAGGGUUAGGGUGUCUCGACUUCCGCCGUACCUCCCAGACUCACCGAACUCUUGGGGUUCGAUCAAACCCAGAUUAAACACCACUGAUUAGGAUACAACACGGGGAUGUGCUAGUUUGCAAUGCUCAGCACCACCACCUACAGGCCUGGAGUGGAACAACAAGGGCCAGAAACUCCCCCUAAUUUCUUAUGCAGUUGAUUUGAGGACUUCAAGGUUAGCAUUCACUCUAGCACUAACCCCUAAAGCCUAAACCUCAAACCCUCACCUCCUAAUCUUAAAGCUAACCCUAACCCCUAACCUUAACUCCAAAUAUGGAAGCCCAACCCACUUGUCCUCACACCGCAAUCCCAAACCUAACAGUCGAAAACCAAAGACUAACUCUAACACCCCAAACCGUUUUCCUAACCCCGAAUUCCCGAACCCUGACUCACGAACUUCAACCCCGGGCACCUCAAGGCCUAAACCCGAACCCACUAACCACCUAACCCGAACCCUAACACCACCAAAUGUAACCGAGUGUCCUACAUGAAAGAACGGCAGAUGUUUUAACCACACGAUGAGGAUGAUAUUCAAGUGCGGAAGAGACUUUUUUUUUUUACGCGCAUAUUUGUGUUGAAAUGGCAUUCCCAAUUGCAACAAAGUAUUUAUUGAUCGCUUUGUUCACAGUGUCAAUAAAGCGAGCGCAUGGCGAA